CCCUGUGUCCCCGCCAGCCCAAGAUGUGUGACCUGGUCUUGCGGGGACUCAUUGGCGCCAGACUCCAGCCGGUGGACCUGAAGGUGGUGAAAACGCUCUCCAGUCAACUGUUUGAGGGCCCGCAACACACCGGCCAGGACCUCAUUGCCAGGAACAUCGCCAGAGGACGUGACCACGGGUUGCCGCCCUACGUGCAGUACCGGGAGGCGUGCGGCGGCCCCGUCACCACCUCCUUCGACGACCUACUGACCUCCAUGCCGCGCCAGGCCGUGCACGCCCUCGCCAGGACCUACGCCAGAGUGGAGGACGUGGACCUGUUCGUCGGGGGCCUCGCGGAGUUCCCCGUGUCGAGGGGGCUGGUGGGGCCAACCUUCGCCUGCCUCAUCGGUUACCAGUUCUUCAACCUGAGACGCGGCGACAGGUUCUGGUACGAGAACGCCGACGCGGGCUUCACUCCGGCGCAGCUGAGGGCUCUCCGCAGCGCCUCGACCCUUAACCGCCUCCUGUGUGACAAUUUCGACGGCACUAACGAGAGGUUGCCCGCCAGCAUCUUCCACCUCCCGUCCCAGCGAGGGAACCCGCUGCUGCCGUGUGACCACCUGACGCCCCUUGACCUCAGCCCGUGGAAGGAGCACUACCGCGGCGACGAGGUGGAGUGUGAGUACCUGGGCCGCGCUUACGCCCCCGGCAGGAACGUCCACGUCUCGCACUGCCUCGUCUGCGUGUGCCAAGCCAAGGGACUGAUGCGGUGUCAACCCAACCCGUCUGGCUGCCAACAACCCGACCAUGACGAACACUGCCGACUCAUCUGCUGAGGCUCCGACGAAAGGGAGGAUACGGAGGGCGAGACGAGACCCGACGGAGUGGCCGAAGGAGGGAACGAAGUUGUAAUUUAAGGAGAAAGUAUUAGGCAUAUUUAAGAAGGGGAAAUCAUGGGCAUGUGAGAAAAAUAAAGAAUCCGGGUAGACUGAAAGGAAAUUAAGGGCUUAUACAAGAAGGAAGAUUGAAGACUAUAAUUACAAGAUUGUAUGACCUUAUUCUCUCUUGUGUGGGUUGUUAAAAUUGCUGACAGACGUGAAUAAAAACUGUUCAUGAUAUCUUGUUAAAUGAUGGAAAGCAAUAAACUAAUCUCUUAAUUGCUUUACCCCAAAAUUAUGCCCUCGAGAGUUGUAAGUAAACCACGUCGGGGUUGUAAAUAGAGUAUGAAUUGUAAAUAAACUUAGGCUCAAUUUGUGACUCUUAGGAUUGUUGAAAGUAUGAUGUAGGUGCCCUGAGUAUUGUUGAAACUAGUUAUAAGUUGUUGAAAUAAAAACCUUUCUUGUAU